AGUCGUUAAUGAUUAGCCAAAUGUAAACAAGAGACAGUCAAAUAUCAACAAGGCCGGCAAAAAUACACGGAAAGAAGCUGAACAAACCGUUUCAUUUUCAUAUGAAAUAAAUAUUGAGAAUAAGGAAGUGUUGGGGUGGUUAGAUCUCAAUUAGAAAGUCGAUUUCAAUGGUUUUUAAUAUGUCGUGAAAUUAUCUUUGCACAAAAGGCCGGAUACAUCAUACAUGGAUGAUUUAGAUGGGCCUGUUUUGGAGGAGAAUGAAGCAACCCAGAUCUUUUACGCUAAAUAUAAGCUUAAGGAAAAACUUGGAGCCGGCCUGUCGAGUGUUGUGAGGAAAUGUGUAGACAAAGCGACUGGUCAGGAGUAUGCUGUGAAAAUUGUCGAUAAGUUGGGUGAUCAUGGUGAUGCAGAUAUUGGAAAAGUAACCAAAAAUGAGGCGGAUAUUUUGGCAGCACUUUCUGGACAUAAAAAUAUUAUAUCGCUUGUUGAUUUUUUUGAGUCGCCGACAUACUUUUUCCUUAUUUUUGAGCUUGCUGUUGGAGGAGAACUCUUUGAUCAACUGACCAAGGAUGUAACAUUCUCGGAGAAAAGAGCAAGGAAAGUUAUGUAUGAAAUUUUAACUGCUGUCCAGUACAUGCAUUCAAAAAGCAUUGUUCAUAGAGAUUUAAAGCCUGAAAAUAUUCUUCUCAAUGACAAAAUGAUGAUAAAAUUAUCAGACUUUGGGUUUGCUAAAAAGUUGGAAGCUGGUGAAACACUCACAGAUCUAUGUGGUACUCUGGGUUACCUCUCUCCUGAAGUGCUUCGCACUAAUUUAUAUGAUGAUCAUCCUGGAUAUGGGUUUAAAGUUGAUCUUUGGGCAUGUGGUGUUAUUUUGUAUACUUUAUUGUCUGGAUGUCCGCCAUUUUGGCAUCGAAGGCAAGCCGUGUUGAUUCGUUCGAUAAUAGAAUGUCGCUAUCAGUUCAGCGGUGCAGAAUGGGCCGACAUUUCCGAUUCUGCAAAAGACUUGAUUUCAAAACUUCUUGUUUCUGAACCAGAAGAAAGAUAUUCCGCUGACGACUGUCUUAAACAUCCUUGGCUGGAGGGUGUUCAAAUUUCAAGACCUGUGGCUUUUGUCGGGAGAACUAAACUUCGGGGAGUUUUGAUCGCCGUUCGGACGUGCCUUGCCUUGCGUCAAAUGGUCCUUGACAAACAACUAAUCACGGUCGAAAUGGCAAAGACUGCUCCGUACAAAGUGAAAACUUUCAGAAAGCUCAUUGAUGGAUGCGCUUUCAGAAUAUACGGUCAUUGGGUUCAGCGGAAACGUGACGAUAUUCAAAACAGAGGCGCGUUGUUUGAGAACCAUCCUAAAAUGCAAGUUCGCAAUGGCGCUAAUAUUACCAGGACUAGUAGCCGAGUAGAUAGCAAUUUUGUUUACAGCUUUACUCACAGGUGACCAAUGUUGUGGUGUAUAUAUUGAAGACAAGUCCUGCACGGAAUAGUUUUUUUUACUGCAAAUCAUCUCGGUACUACAAAUUUGCCAUUUCCAGUGGCGUCAACUGCCUUUCUUAAAUCUGGUAUCAGUCUCACAGUAACCUGUUACCCAACCGUGACAUGCACUAUAAGAGUUUGCAGGAAAUUUCAUUCCAGUCACACUUAUAUAGGCUGCGCUCAGACCCGGCACUGGUGCCCAUCGCUUUGUUGAACAUGACGCUGUAGGUACAUUAUGUAUUUACGCGACGCUUCCAAAUAAAAUUGGGCAUGGUACCCAAGAACGGGCACUAUUUCAAAGGCACUGUGCUUAACAUGUUUUGAACCAGUUUGACUUUGGGCACCGUUGCCGGGCACUCAGCCUGAACGCAGCCUUAUUGUACGUAUUCUUUAUUAUUACCGCCAUAAAACUAAUUUAAGAACACUGAGAGCCUGUGAAAUAUAUGACCAGUGGUAUGUUCUGAAUGCAAUACUUCAUUUCUGCAGGGUUUAUAUAUAGUGAACGAGAUACAAAAUCUGUGGUAAUUCAACUUAUACGUAAAUUUCUUGGUCAACCGCCUGUUCGAUCCUAGUAGGCAAAAAUAAGAUAGAUGUGCAUGCGCAAAUGACAACUGAUCAAGGUCCCUUGAGUACUAAAUUAUAAAUCAGGCUUUGUCAUGUAGUGCCUUUCCAUAUGUUAAUAUUUGCUACGAUUGCAAGGAUAUAUUUAUAUUGAAGUAUUUUCGUCGCCCA